UGUCUUCGAACGAGGUAGCUCAGUUAGUUUGUGAGUGGCUAUCGAGUGUGAAACUGUUUCUGAUGGUUCUUGACAAUAGAUUAUACCAGAAUGAAUUCCUAAGAAUUUUGGUACGCCUUUCGCGAUUAAAUAAACCAUUUAACGGUGCGCGUAACAUGCUCUCGAGCUGCACUGAAAUAAGAAGAAAUUCAAAAGAAUCAACGAGUCAAUUGAUUUAGAUAACACACAAAAGGAAUUAUGGGGCGCUACACAGGAAAAAAAUGUCGACUUCUAACGAUGCUAUGGCUGACAUCUUUCUUUUUCCUGGUCGAGUUAAUCGUCGGCUAUGUGACAAACUCUAUGGCUUUAAUUGCCGACAGCUUUCAUAUGUUAUCGGACGUUGUGGCACUUAUCAUCGCCUUCCUCUCUGUCAAGAUGUCACCCAAGAAGUGGUCGAAGAAUACUUUCGGUUGGGCCAGGGCUGAAGUACUGGGUGCACUCGUCAACGCCGUCUUCCUCGUUGCUCUAUGCUUCAGUAUCACCGUUGAAGCUUGCAAGAGAUUCAUCGAGGUCGAGAAAAUUCAUAAGGCCAAGCUGCUUGUGGCCGUCGGCGCCCUUGGUCUACUGGUCAAUUUAAUUGGACUCUGUCUGUUUCAUGAACAUGGAAGCGAACACGGACAUUCUCAUGGAAUAUCUCGAAGUCACAAUAGAUUAAGUACUCUCGUGGGUACCGAUGAUAACGAGAAUGACGAAACUUAUCGGCCACCCCCGCCGCCAGUUAAAAAAGCACACGGACACAGUCAUGACCCAAGUCAGAUGAAUAUGCGAGGAGUCUUUCUUCACGUACUUUCAGAUGCUCUAGGCUCUGUAAUCGUCAUAGUCUCGGCUGUGAUUGUUUGGCAAACAGAGUGGGAAUAUCGGUACUAUAUAGACCCUGCCUUAUCUCUGCUGCUCGUUCUUCUCAUUCUGAGAUCUGUCUGGCCUCUUCUUCGGGAGUCUGCCUUAAUUUUGUUGCAAACUGUUCCAACUCACAUACAGGUCGAUGCUAUCCAGCAGAGGUUACUGGAUAACAUCGAUGGUGUCUUGGCGGUUCAUGAAUUCCAUGUAUGGCAAUUAGCUGGUGAUAGAAUCAUCGCCUCGGCACAUAUACGUUGUCGCAAUCUCUCAGAGUACAUGAAAAUAGCUGAACAGGUCAAAGAAUUCUUCCACAAUGAAGGAAUCCACUCUACAACUAUACAACCAGAAUUUAUAGAAUAUCAUUCAAAUACCGCAGUACAGGAAACUCCAACAGAAGACUGUGUCCUCGACUGUCCGAAGACAGACAAACCUUGUAAUCUCGCGACGUGUUGUGGACCCUCCAAACAGGGUCGUGAAACACCAUCCCCGAGCGAGACGCCAUACGUAUGCCGGCAGCGAACCACAACUUCGAUAGGUGGUACAGAACAACAGGGGGUAAAUGAGAUGGAGCGCGGUCAUUUACUCUCCAUGCCUGAUUCGCAUCACUCCGCCCAGCUACCACAUCCGCAAGCAGUCCCACCGAACGUGUGAUUCGAGCUCUCCGGAGGAUCUCAGUUAGGUGACACAGAGGGCUCCCUCAUGAGGCUUCUAAAAAAAACACCAGCGUCUCCGAAGGCCUUUCUUUUACUGAUUCUGAAGGUCCUCCGGAAGCUGUCGCACAAGCUAGAUGAGAGAACACUCCCUUUUGGAGAUUUUUACAUAGAGAACUUUCAAGAAUCUUUAAAGGCUCUUCAGGAAAUGAAUCUGAGACUUUUAGCGAAGUCAUAUUUUAAAGUCUUUAAGAACUCGACAAGGAUGAGGAGAGAGAAAAGAGGGAAUUUAGUAUUUGGAAAGUCUCUGGAGAGCUCUUGGGGUUUCGGGAACUCUCACUCUUUCACUUGACGGCCUGAAAUGUUUGGACAGCCAUUUUAACUUCACGAAUUUUCUUAUUUCUUUUUUAUCAUUCCUUUUCUUUCUGCUCACGUUCUACGAAGAAUUAGCAUUUGCGAAGCUGGAAAAGAUUCGUUAAUUAUAUCGAAUGCCAAAGGCAUUGACACCAAAUGAUUAAUAUAUGUGUAUAAUUAUAGAAUGGCCGAGAAGUAAUAGGAAGCCAACGGUCCUUUAGCUGCCUUCCAAGUAUAUUCUUGCACAUACACAAUACACGAUACUAUAUUACGUUACGGAUCGAUAUAGGGUCUUAGAGUACACUUCACACGAUUUUUUCUUUUUUUUUUUAAUACUUUUUUCCCGUAUUAUUUUUGAAAUAUAAUGGGAGAAAGGGAGAGAGGGAAAAAUAAUAAAAUUACAAUCAAGUGAUUGAAUAGAGAUCACGAAAAUUGCUGAGAAUAUUUAUGUUAGAACAAAUUUCUUUGCUACUUACAGAAAACGCAUUCUUUUUAUGAAUUGUUGUUUCCAGUUUUAGUGACAAUUUACUGGACGUGAUAAAAUGUGCACAUGAGUAAUCUUCGAAUAAAACCGCGAAACUACCGUAUCACGAAAAUUUUAUAUUUAAGUUCGUGAGAUAGACAUAAUUAUCAUAGUAUUGAGGUUUUGGAAUUGGAAAUAAAUCUUUUUUUUUCGAAAUGGUUA